AUGCAGCAAAUUUCUGGAAUCAACCUCAUCACUUAUUACGCACCAGUCAUCAUGCAGAAGUCUGUUGGCCUCGAAAGAAACCUAUCCCUGCUACUAGCCGGCUUCAAUGGCAUUGCCUACUUCCUCACAUCACUGAUCCCCAUCUGGAUCAUCGAUCGCGUGGGCCGCCGCAACCUCAUGCUCUUUGCCGCUGCCGGUCAGUGCGCUUGCAUGGCCAUUCUCUCUGGCACCGUCGCAGACGGAGGCAAGUCGGCCGGUAUCGUGGCCGUCGUCAUGUUGUUCCUCUUCAACGGCUUCUUCUCCGUCGGUCUCCUCGCCAUCCCUUGGCUGCUGCCGGCCGAGUACGCCCCGCUCACCAUCCGAACGCGUGCCGCAGCCUUGGCCACGGCGUCCAACUGGCUCUUCACCUUUGUCGUGGUCAAGGUUACGCCCGUCAGUAUUCAGGAUAUCGGCCACCACACGUACACCUACUUUAGCGUGUUCAACUUUGCCUUCCUGCCGCUCAUCUGGUUCUUCUAUCCCGAGACGAAGAACCUGACACUCGAGCAGAUUGAUAGACUGUUCACGGGCGACAAGGUCUUGAUGCAUUGGCAAUCGAGCAUGGGAGUUCCUGGGGAGGUCGAAGUGUGCGACCACGAUAAGGACUACGAGGCGGGAACUCCUGGGCAGGUCAUGCAUGUCCAGGGAGACGAAAAGAUCAUUUAA